CUGCUGUAGGUGUGGCUGGUAGAGUUUUUCUGCAGAGAAAGAUGCCAGUAGACCAGCAAAAGAGCAGCAGUAGUCGCGGACUGAAGGUGGCAGGGCUGAUUCUCCGCCGGAACCCCGAGCGAGAGUUCCACACUUACCUCCCACUGCUCCCCUACAACCCCUCCGACUACCAAAUUCUCCUUAGAACGUGGCCCACAGCUCCAUUCAAGGGCUACCUUGGUGCAUUCUCGGGCCCAGCCAUCAGUGGACAAGACCCUUCGACGACUCUUAUUCAGGAGACUGCAAAAUGGACGCAGCGGCUGGCGCAGCAGGCAAACCUCGGGGAAGAUGCGCCAGGAGUGACCGCCAGGAGAGCCGAGUUUCUAUCGGUGCACGGAGGAGGGAGAGACACUGUUGAUCCUCUCACUGGUCACGAGGUUGACACGGGCAUCACACUCUGCCAUGUUCUACUUACCACCAACAGAGAGUCGUCAGUGGUGGCUCGAUACCCAACAGCCCCAGAGUACCCACAGUUCUAUGAUCUAAGUGCAGUGGUCCAAGGAAUGAUGACAUCCGAGACCGUCAAAGUCCACCCAUUCACAAGAGAGAUGCUCUCCUCCCUCGAUAAGUGGCUGAGGGAGCGACACGCCCUGCCAGGAUGCAUCAACUAUCUCUUCUCACCAAGUCUUGAGUCACGCCUGAAAAUGCACAUCCUCAACCCCCUCCAUGCUCCCCCUGCCGUUGCCACUAGCAACCAAGAGGAAACAAGGGAAGACAGAAACAAAACGGCCGACGUCAUAGAAGUCGGAAAGCGCAUGUGGCCUGCAUCAAGCUCUACUCCUUCUCAGCGUCCACUAGACACAUCAGCGUUCUCAGUUGCUAGCCUCAAAGAUUCCCUAGUGAGGCUGGACCACGAACCGGCAGACAUGAUUGUCAAUAACCCACUGUUUGCCUCCGGGGUGGAUUUCAAUCAGGUGGACAUUCUGGUAGAGAACAAGUACUUUGGGAAGGGAGUUCCAGACUACAACUUGCUGGUGAACAAGAGAGAAAAUUGGUCGGCCCAAGUCGAGGGAGACGGGUUGCCUGACUGGCUCGACCUGUUCCCAAUGCACAAGCAUGCCUGCGAGGGGGACGUGGAGGGAGUGAGGAGAUGUGUCAAAAUCGGAGUGCCUACCAACGAGAAAGACACUGACUCGUGGACACCUCUGCACUAUGCUUGCUGGUACGGAGAGGUUGAUGUAGUAAAGGUGUUGUAGAGGAAGCAUUGGCUGACCUCAGUGUGGCGAACAACACUGGCUCCACCCCCUUGCAUUUGGCAGCUGCCACGGGACACUAUGAGGUGGUGGAAUACCUUCUCCAGCAACCAGGAAUAGCGAUGGUCCAGACUGCCAUAGACAUUGAAGGGAAAUCCCCACUGGCCGUCUGUCUGGAAUGCAGAGAAAACAAGUGGUCACAGACGGCAAAACUGCUCCGUGAAGCGUAUGCAAAAACCGCCACACAGCAAUCGUGUUCCUUCUCGCCUUCCCUCCUUUCCCCACCUGAUCGACCCCUGCAUAUUACUCACGACGGCGAAGCCCCAACAUCCGAGCCACUACCACUGAGGAUAAAGGACAUUGUAUCUCUCAGCGAAAAGGGAAGUCUAGCAGCCGGCCGCUCAGCAAGAAACAGAACGUCUCCGGGAAACAAUGCAGAUAAGUUGGUUAGACGUCAGAGAAUCGACAUCGUAAAUGGUCAACACCACCUUGCUCGCUUCCCCAGUGGCAAAGACACACCUACCGAACACAUUUUACAAGACAUCUACAAGCUCAUCCAGUUGGCUCCGCAGUACCACGAGAUGGUGGCUCUGUGGAUUCAGUCCGACAGCCUAGAAAUCCAAUUGGGUGACAACGACAAGCCGCUACAGUUGAUGUCUACUUGGCCGUCGCUAAUGACCCGAUAUGUUACCAAGACGACCGCUGCCGAGAUACCUAAGCUCUGUCUGCGACGAAAUGUGUUCAUCUCACCAGCCAAAGAGAAAUCAGUAGGAAAGAGAUUCUACAAGAAUUUUUAAGCGUCAUUUUUGAUUCAACAGGUUGCAGACCCCACGAUGUUGGAGCUUCUCUACGCAGAUGCAAAGAGAAAUGUGCUAAAAGGACACUAUCCUUGCUCAGAGGAGGAUGCCAUUGAAUUGGGUGGACUCACCAUGCAGGUGUUGUACGGAGACCACGUUUCCACGGUGCACCACAGCGGAUUCCUUCAGGGGCAGCUGGAAGAAGUCCUGCCAGUCGCAAUGGCUACCUCGCGGAGAAGAGUGGAAUUUGAACGUCGUAUACUCGCCCAACAUUCUAGAGUCUCCCAAAGUGUAUCAACGUUCUCCGACAAUGACCCUCAGGCUUCACUCUACAAGCAGUACCUUCAGAAAUGCUGCCAGUGGCCUUUCUACGGAGCCGCAUUCUUCCACGGUAGCCUAGCAACCAAGACCUUCCGCCUACCAACACAGGUCAAAAUACAUCGAAAGGCGCACGUUCCUGUAAACAUAGCAGUCAACACGUCCGGAUUCCACCUCAUCUCCUUGGAAACAAAUUCUGUGAUCACAUCACUCAGCUAUGACUCAGUAGAUUGGGACGCAUCUGCUGAAAAACACUGCGUGCAGCUGUCGAGGAGCGACAAAACCUUGCACGUCCAGAUAAAAACCAGAAUGGCUGGACUCUUCUCGUCCCUCGUUUCACGAAUGUCUGAGCAGUACCUUCAACGUUCCCAUGGCAACACAAGUACAACAACGAGCACCGCACACACGCAAAAUGAUUGACGGUCGAAACUCUAUAAUUAAAGCUGAUGA